AUGGCGUCCACGGCCGUGGAGACUCCAGCACCAGAGGUUGCUUGGAAGGCGACCGAGACAUCCUCAGAUGCCCAAGCGGAGGAGGCUCCUGGACUUCCCCGAAAGGUCUUUCGCUUCUUUGGAAAUGUGGGGCAUCGUAUAGUUGACAACAUGAGCUUCGUUGGUGAGGUUCUUGUUGAAUUCCUGGAGUUGGAUAAGCAUCCGUACCAUCGAGAGAUGGAAGACCUGAGGAAGGCACAACGGAAGAAACAGAAGACCCUGCAGCAGCAGGAGGAACAGAAACAGGCCCGCGAGGCCGCCGAGAUCGCUAGCUUGGAAGAAGCUCAGAGUGUUGACGCAGCGGAGACAGACAUUCGAUAA